CGAUAUUCUGCUUCAAGCUGGCCAAGCUGAUCUUAAAAUCAGUUUGAACGGCCCAUCGCGCGGCAUUUCUCUGAGCAAGCUGACAAGACUUUCGCCGUACGAUGAGCUUGUGUGGGAGGAUGACGAGGAGCCAAGCAACAAUGCGCGUACUGCCAUUUCAGGAGGUGCUGUUGCAGUUGCUGGUGUCCAGCAGCUGCCGUUUGUGGCCUCCCCUGGACAGACUGAAGCAACGCCGCGAGAUAAGCUUACCUCUGGAAUGAAUGCACCGCCUUCAGCAAAGACUCGCAAUAGCUAUGCAUCGAAUCUUAACGCUCAACCGAAAAGCUCAUUGCCUCCACUUCCAAGGCGACCAUCCUACCAGCAGGAACGUAAUCAGCAACGGCCUAUUUUGUUGGAUGACGACGUUUCAGAAGAUUCGGACGAAGAUGUUUCCUGGAAGAAGCCACAGCGGGCCAAUAAACGUUACAAGCAAACCCGCUUGCUGGCGGAUGAUGAUGUUGAAGAUGUUGAACCAAGGCCCAAGUCAUCGUUUCUUACAGCAAGCGAGAAGCUGGCCAUGAGCUCCUUAAAGAAAGGUAUCGACAAUGCGUCAGCCAGGUCUUCAAAGGCACCGUCCAGGCAGCAUGGUGUACAUGAUCCCGCAGGGUCGAAGAGAGGAGUUCGUAGCGGCUUUGUUUCUCCUGUUCGGACAUCACAACAAGCAAAUGGCGGCACUUUGCCACGUCAAGCAGCGCCCAAGGACCCAGGGAUGAACGAGUCAACCUUGAAAUGUUUGGAAGAGCUACAGGACGAGGACGGGCAACUGCCUGAUGUGCUUAAGAACAUCGAACCUCGCCUGAUAGAGCAGAUUUGCAAUGAAAUCAUGACACAAGAUACAAAGACGCGAUGGAGUGAUAUUGCCGGCUUGGAGCAUGCAAAGCAGUGCGUGACUGAGGUUAUAAUCUGGCCACUCAAGCGACCUGACUUAUUUCGAGGCACCAGAGCACCAGUUUCUGGGCUUUUGCUGUAUGGACCACCGGGAACAGGCAAGACCUUGAUUGGUAAGGCCAUUGCUGGUGAAACAAAUGCAACAUUUUUCUCGAUAUCUGCCAGUUCCUUGACAAGUAAAUGGAUUGGUGAGGGAGAGAAACUUGUGCGAGCCCUUUUUGGUGUGGCGAGCUGCAAGGAGCCUGCUGUCAUUUUCAUUGAUGAAAUCGAUUCUCUUUUAUCACAGCGUCAAUCAGAGGGCGAGCAUGAGUCCAGCCGCCGGCUGAAGACGCAAUUUCUCAUUGAAAUGGAGGGAUGUGGGACAGGAGAUCGACACGUUCUAGUUAUUGGAGCAACAAAUCGUCCGCAAGAACUCGAUGAAGCAGCAAGGCGGCGUAUGCCCAACCGGCUCUACAUACCUCUUCCAAACAGAGCUGCAAGAAAGGAGAUUGUUCGGAACCUCCUUCAAAAGGACGACAUUCUGGCACUAUCGGAGGCAGAUAUGGACGCAAUCGCUGAAGAAGCUGAAGGAUACUCAGGGUCAGACAUGCGGCAUCUUGUCCGAGAAGCAGCCAUGAUGCCGUUGAGGGAGGCUGCUCUCUCUGGUCGGAUAGACAAGAUGGAAAAGGAUGAUAUCAGACCUGUUGGUCUUCAGGACUUUCGAGAUGCAUUACAAAGGGUCAACCCUUCCGUGGCUAACAGCGAGUUGAAAGCUUACGAAGAGUGGACAGCAAAGUUUGGCAGUGGCAAUCUGCGAGUGCAGGCGCCUACAUAA